CUCUCUUUUCGAUGACUGUCUCAGUGACUGUCUCUCGACCUGCCCACGGUCCCUGGCGUGCGUGGCCAGCUGAGAAGCGUUCGUGCUCCGUGGGAGAGCCAGGAUUUGGAGGCGAGCAGGAGACGGAGAGACAUCGCAACAACAUGAAGACACGCGGGUUCCCGUUUGUGCUUUUCUGGCUGUUCUGGGGCCACUCCUGCGCUCUGGCAGGAAAAGUUAACAAGCACAAGCCAUGGAUAGAGACUUCUUACCACGGAGUGAUCACAGAGAACAUGGACACGGUGCUGCUGGACCCUCCUCUGGUAGCUCUAGACAAAGAUUCUCCUCUCCCCUUUGCUGGGGAGAUUUGCGCCUUCAAGGUCUUUGGUCAGGAUGCUCCGUUUGAAGCAGUUGUGCUAAAUCGAACAUCAGGAGAAGGAGUCCUGAGGGCCAGUAGUCCUGUGGACUGUGAGAGCCAGAAGGAGUACACCUUCAUCAUCCAGGCCUACGACUGCGGGGCCGGACCUGAUGGGGCUGACUGGAAGAAAUCCCACAAGGCUGUGGUUCACGUUCAAGUGGAUGAUGUCAACGAGUUCAGCCCUGUGUUUAGAGAGUCCCUCUACAAAGCAUCAGUAACUGAAGGCAAGAUCUACGACAGCAUUUUACAGGUGGAAGCUUGGGAUCAGGACUGUUCACCGCAGUACAGCCAGAUAUGCAACUACGAAAUUGUCACUCCUGGAACCCCAUUUGCCAUCGACCGCAAUGGUAACAUCAGAAACACAGAGCGACUAAGUUUUGACAAGCAGCAGAGCUUCAGGAUUAUGGUGUCUGCCUUUGAUUGUGGCCAGAAGAGAACAGAGGAUGAUGUGAUGGUGCACAUCGAAGUCAAGCCCGUCUGCAAACCUGGAUGGCAAGGCUGGAACAAGCGUGUGGACUAUGAGCCCGGCACUGGGAGCAAGCAGCUUUUUCCCAAGAUGCACCUGGAAACUUGUGGCGGUCCGCUGUCUGGAGUGAAAGCGAUGGUGGAGUUACAGACGAAUCACAUCGGAAAGGGCUGUGACCGUGAAACUUACUCUGAAAAGUCUCUGCAAAAGCUGUGUGGUGCAGCAUCAGGCAGCACGGAUCUCCUUCCCGCUCCCAGCCCUUCCGCAAACUGGACAGCGUCUCUGCUCACUGACAGCGGGCGAGAAAGUGACCUCAUCUACAGAUUUGAUGGGCACCAGGCUGCUAAUGUUCCAGAUCACGUGGUGCCCCAAAACCUGACGGACCAGUUUACCAUAGCAACGUGGAUGAAGCACGGGCCCAGUCCUGGACUGAGAGCUGAAAAGGAAACUCUUCUCUGCAGCUCUGACAAGACAGAGAUGAACCGCCACCAUUACUCUCUGUACGUCCACAACUGCCGCCUGGUGUUCCUGCUCAGAAGAGAUUUUACGCAGAUCGACACUUUCAGACCCGCCGAGUUCCACUGGAAGCUGGAUCAGAUCUGUGACAAGGAGUGGCACUAUUAUGUAAUCAAUGUGGAAUUUCCUGCGGUGACUCUUUUUGUGGAUGGCGUGACCUAUGAGCCCUACCUGGUGACGGAUGACUGGCCGAUCCAUGCCUCAAAGAUUGAUACACAGCUGACUGUAGGCGCCUGCUGGCAAGGUGGUGAAGUAGAGACCCCGAGGUACACCCAGUAUUUCCACGGCAGCCUUUCGGGGCUGACAAUCCGACCAGGCCGCAUUGAAACGCAGAAGGUUAUCUCAUGUUUGCAGGCCUGCAAAGAAGGUCUUGAUAUUAACUCUCUGGAAAGCCUGGCUAAGGACAUAAAGUUUCACUUUAACCCGGCCCAGUCGGUGCUGGUGGUGGAGGGGGAGGAUGUGGACAGUAUCAAUACAGCCAUGACGAAGGUGUCCUACAUCAACUCCCGUCAGUUCCCCACACCAGGCCUUAGACGGCUGCGCAUCACCACCACUGUACAGUGUUUUGGGGAGGAUGCGUGCCUCUCCAUUCCAGAAAAUAAGGCAGUGGUUAUGGUGCUGCCACCCAGUGAACCCAGAAUCACCAUUUCAGGAUCUAAUCAACUGAUCCGGUUUGCCAGCGACCUUCGCAGUCCGCUGGGUGUGGCGCUCUUCAAAGACCUCCGCAUCACCAGCACUGUGAUGAAGGGAGAAAGCUCCGGCAGAUCACGCAGGCCGGGUGUGAUGGAGGUGAUGCACAACCUGGAUUACUGUGAUGUGCUGGUAAUUGGGGAGGAACUGAAUCCUGACAGAGAAAGUCUGGAGAUUCAUCACAGCGCUCUGCUGGGAAAACACCUCGAUGCCACCAACUCCACCUCUGGAAUAUCAAUAUAUGGUGUGGACUCCAUGGCGCACUAUGAACAGGCACUCAGACAGCUGCGCUACAGGAACUGGCGACCCACUUCUCUAAAUGAUAGAAAGUUCAGACUCACCUGCUCUGAACUUAACGGGCGAUACACCAGCAAUGAGUUCACUCUAGAGGUGACUCUCCCUCAUCAUGCAGCUCCAGUUGAGCACGUCAAUCACAUGGCUGUCCAGCCCCCGUACAUGAGACCUGUCCAUCACCCUCUUAUGAUCCACACCUUAAACUCACACACGUCAGGAUCAGCGCCUCCUGCUGCCACAGCAGUUAUUGUGGUUUGUAUCGCCGCCCUGGUGGUGAUUGUGGUGAUCGGCAUUUACAGGAUCCACGCCACCCAUCAGGAAGCCUCCAGAGACGAUGAAAGCGAAAGCAAGGAUCCUGAGGCGGAUUGGGAGAGCUCAGCACUCAACAUCACCGUUAAUCCCAUGGAGGACAUAAAAGGACCUCAGGGACUUGGAGAAGCACUAAAAGGAGAACAUGAAGAGGAAGAAGAGGAGGAAGAAGAUGUUCAGGUGGUGGGAGCCAUGACAAUUGCUGAGUCAGAUGUCAGUGAUGAAGAGGUGGAAGAAAAGGGGAGAGAAGGUUUUGACUGGAGGAAGCAGGAGGGAAAACCUGAGUGGGACAGUUCCUCUGCAACAUAUUGAGAACGCACAAACAUCCACACACACAAUCACACAAAUACACUCACAUUCAGUGCAGGAUGUUAGCCCUAACUCAAACACACACACACACACACAAAUACACACGAUGAAAUAAUUUACAAUCUGUUGCUGGAAAAUGCUCUUCAUUUGUUUUCAUUCCUAAAGAAAUGUCGCCCUCUGGUGGACAAAGCUGAACGUACAGCAUGUCUGAGUCAGUUGUGGUCCCACAGUACUGGAAAACUACAUACAUGCGUGUGCGUUAAUACUCACGAGUCAUUCAGUGAGGCAUAAUACAUAUAAAUAGAUGAAAAAGCACAGUCAUCCCAUAAUUGAGUGUUAACACCCGUCUACGGUGGCGCUGAAGUGCAAAUCACACCAACAAAUUGAUCAAUGCAAAAACAUGUUUAAGAUCGCAACAACAAUUAGCGAACCCAAAAAAUAGGAAAGUCAAAACAAAAUUUCAUGAAAUGAAACAAAAUGAAACCUUUUGGAAAACAGAAAUAAUUUCCAAAAAAUCAAAAUGAAAUGUUAAAAUGAAACACAAUAAGGUUGGUACUGUGAGACAUCGCUUAUUGGAUGAUGACGUUUGAGUUUUUUCAAAUAGGUCUUCAAUGUCUGCAUACAAAUAAAAGUUGUAUGAUUAGUACGGAGCAUAUCAAGUAUCGCUUGAUGCCAAAUAUGUUUAAAUUAAAGUGAAGGACAAAUGUCAUCAUCCGGUCAGCGGUGUCCAGACCGUUUCCAGUUUCCGUAAGAAGAAAAAAUAAUUUUUUUUGGAAAACAAAAGGAAUUUCCAGAAAUCAAAUUAAGAUGUUAAAAACAUCUUGGUGUGAUUUGCGUUUCAGAGCCCCCCCCCCCAUACUUAUCCUCAGUUUAUUUUAUUUUUUACAAAAAUUUAAGAAAUGUAUUUUACAUUUUCAAAGCAGCCUGUCUGCAAGAUGUUUGUAAAAGUUACAUGUAUACAUACUUGUAUGCCCUCGUGAGUGUUUUUAUAUAUGUGUCAGAUAUACGUCCUAUAGGCUGCUGAGCUGUCACUCUCCAUACACGCAAUGCUUUUCACCUGAAAUCCGAUUCCUUCAGUUAAUUCGUGUCUAGAUGCUCUCGCGUCAGUUUCUCUGUAGGCUCUGCUUUGGUUUGUCUGACCUAAACUUAGAGAGAAAACAUGACGUCCUUUUUUUUUACAAUAAACUUUCCUUAUUUGUCCUGAGUUGCAUUCAGUAUAAUUCAAAGAUGAACGAAUCCAUCCUUUCUGAAGAGAAAAUGGUCAACUAACUCUGCAAACUGAUUGUAGUUUAACACUGGAAGAAGGCCCGCUUGCCUGCAUCUGUCAGUACAUCGUGUUUGCUCAUGUAUCCCUUAAGCCCAAUGAAGGAUGCUCUUUAAAUCUUUUCCCUUAAGGUUUUCUAUAAACGGUAGCUCCUUUUUCCUUAAUCAGAAGACAAGAUAAUCCAAUUGUCAUUGUAUUUUAGAGAUCUUCUACAUUCUUUUCAUCUACAAUCAAAGAAGCCCUCUAUGCAACUGUGGGCUUUGUGUGAAAACCCAAUAGAAACAGAUUUAGAAGGUUUUGCAGACGUUGCAACUGCUGACUUUAGUGUGUAAGUAAGCGGGUGCAACUACAAUGGAAGUUUAAAUUCUUUUCUCUUUGUCUGUAGCAAGGAGUGAUGAAAAACACUGUUCUUUUUUUCCAUUUAAAGACCCAGUCCAAAAUUGAAAAUUGUGUUUUUGGUGUUUUAACAUGUUUUUGGGCGUUUUUUUUAAAGAUUGGAGGACAAAUAUGAAGGAAAUUGAGCUUAAAUUGCAUUACUAACUAUUUCUUUGUGCAAAUUGUUGUGAAUUAGGAGCAGACAAAAAGUGUUGUUUGAACAAGCUCCUGCUCUGCUCCAUUCUGAUGCAUCCACUUGCAGCCAAAUUAAUCCACGUACGUUGUUGUUUUCCUCCUCUGAGCUGGCAUCUGGCUCAACACCGUAUGGCUGGAUAACUCCAAUAAUGCUCGCCAUUUUUGUUGCAGUGUUAGGCUAGAAAGGGGCUGUCAGCUUGCAGGAGAGAGUGUAAACUGUCAUAAAUUUAAUUUAAAUUUUAUUUAUGAUUUAAUCACAAAUAAAAGAGCACUGGGAAUGCUUUGAAAAUUGAUCAAAAGAUAAUCAAAGUGGGAUUUUAGGAAUCAAAAAUAUUUCUUUGACUAAUUUCUCUUGUUUGUAUUUUGAAAAAGUCCCAAAUCAGUCAGUCAUGUGGUCAUGGCAGAUGUAUUUCUGUUGCAUGUUUGUCUUAUCUUUCCUUUCCUCUCACACUUUCAGUCUAAAUUUAUCCUUCUUAAAAAAAAGAUUAAUUUACUGGUACUUUUAUGUUUAAGGUUUGGGGGAUUUUUUUUGUGUAACAAGCAUCAGUUUCUAACAUGGCACAACCAAAAUAUUUUAAUAAACGUUUUUUAAGGACAGUGAGCCUUUUAUUUCUUCUCUUUCUUCAUCUUCGUUCAUCCUCAGUUUGUGCCAUUGGUGGCUGCAUUUCCCAAACGAUUUCAACGAUGGCACCAAGUCAUUCAAAACUGCAGUAAAAGACAUCAUAGAGAGUGUAAUUACAUUGAAAAUAGUUUUUAAAGAACGAAAAAAAAAAUCAUGUUUUCAAAUUGCAAAUUACUUACCAUAAACAAAACAAAAAUGUCAUUAAAGUUUACGCUUGUGUGAUGCAGAGAUGACGUCUAAAGGUCCGGCUCGUGGUCCACCUCUUUGUUCUUCACUCUCACUGUUGCAUCUGAGCUCCCAUCAGUCCCGAUUCUGUACCCGCGCUUGUGAAGUCAUCUUUGUGAAACAACUGCCUUGUCUCCUUUGUCCUUUAUCAUAAUAUGCUUUAGAAAAUGUAAAGUAAAAAACAAACAAAAAUGAUGUUCUUUUACAUAUAAAAGCAAACCCUGUACAAUUGUUCAAGAUAGUUAUUUUAUAUAUCUGUUUCUUCUUUCUUUUGUAAAUGAAACGGUUAGAAAAUGUCUUUCUCUUAGUGGUCAUCCCACAACUUUCUGUAUAUUGACCAAUAAAAAGUUGUUUUCGACUCUGCUCCA